UACUUUUAGGUAUUAAAAUGGCGAAUUUCUCUAGUACUCAAGAGAAUGACCUUCCACUUACUCUCCCCACGUCUGGUCCUCCAGGAGGUAAAUUCCAGCCGGUCCCUCCUCUACCCGCCAUGUCUUUUGGAGCUCCUCCUCCCAUGCCCGCGCCCCGCCCCCCAGCAGCAGUUUUGUCUCCUGAUUCAUCAAAUCAGAUCCCUAAUCAGUCUCCUCUCCUUGUGUCUCCGCCCUUGGCCCCACCCCUUCUCCCCGGCAUGGACCCACGCCCACUGCUCCUGCCGCCUUUCCCCGGGAACCCUCCUCCUCAUGUUGUCAUGCCAACGAAUCCGGGACUGCUAAUGAGACCCGAAAUACCUUUUAAAGCUCCACCCACUGAAGAGGAUGGGCCUAUAUGGAUGGAGCACAGUACUAGUGAUGGAUCGGUGUAUUAUUUUGAGCCGACGACUAAAAAGACAAUGUGGGAGAGACCAGCCGGUGCUAGGAUCGUACCUUUUAAUAAACCUGAACCAGGUCCUGGUGCCCCUCCCCCCUUACCCCUGGGGGUCCCCCUCAUUCCCCAGAGGGUGUGGUCAGAGCACAAGUCCCCUGAUGAUGAUACCAGAACUUAUUAUUACAAUAAAGUCACUCGCCAGUCAUCCUGGGAGAAACCAACCGAUUUUGAGCUUGUGAUGCCACUCCCCGCUAACCUGGACGUUCUCCGUUCUUCCGAGGCCAUGCCUACUUCCUCUGAAACCCCACCCACUUCUUUAGUACCAGCUAAUGCUGAUGUCAUUGACCAAUCAAUAGGCGAUGAAGAUAACUUAAAACCUGUCCUUGUUCCCCAAAGCAGCUUUGAUCCACCUACAGUUAGUACAGGUCUCCCUCCUUCUAAUCACCUCCUCCCUCCUUCCUCUUCCUCCUUCUUGCCUGGCAACUCGGACUCUACCAAACCCGAUCAGACGGAGCCAAUGGAAAUGAACGAGAAAGAGCUCCUUGCGAUAGUAGCAGCUAAACUAGGCACAGGUCCUUCUCCUCCUACUCUUCCUCCCUCUCUUCCAGUCAAAAUGGCUCCGAAUCCUAAAAUUGAAGAGAGGAAAGGCCCUCAUCCAAUUGAUAGUGUGCCUGUCGCUGGUACCCCAUGGUCUGUUGUCUUUACCAGCGAUAGAAAGCAGUUCUUCUUUGAUGCUACUAGUCGUAAGUCGUACUGGAAGCUCCCGCCAGAGCUGAUUCAUAAUCCGCUUGUACUUAAGAUUCUUGAAGCACCUCCGUGGAAAAAACAGAGAGUUGGUGAAUUGGAGGAACCAGCCACAAAGAAAAUGAAAUUAGCUGCUUUGGUUGGUGAGGAUGAGGAUUCUGCAGAAGAGGAAAAGGGAGGUCACCUUUUCCCUCCUGAUCCUGUCAAGAUGGAGGGGAUUGAGGUUGACCUCUCUGCAGCUGUUAAAGCUGAAGUUGCCGAGAGAGCGAAAGAAAUGAAAGCAGCAGAAAUGAGAGCCAGGGUAUCACUAGAGGAGAGAACAGAAAUAUUCAAAGCAAUGCUACUGGAGAGAGAGGUGUCAGCAUUCUCUACUUGGGAGAAAGAGCUACCAAAGUUUGUAUUCGAUGAGAGGUAUCAGUUGUUACUCGCUAAAGAAAGGAAAGCUGCUUUUGAUGAGUUUGUUGCUGCUCGAGUUGAAGCAGAGCUUAAGGAAAGGAAGAGUAAAGCUAAGGAGAAGAGAGACACCUUUAUGACCUUUCUAAGAGAAGAUUGCAAAAUCACUGCAAAAUCAACAUUCACUGAGUUCAUCAGACAGUAUGCUAGGUGUGAGAAGUUUAAAGUUAUUGAGAAGAUGAAGGAGAGGGAGUCUUUAUUCAAUGAGCACCUAAAUGAACUUAAAAAAGCGAACAAACAAAGAAACGAGGAACAGAAACAAACUCAAAAAACUAAAGAAGAAAAGGAGAAGAAUGAUUUCCUUGCCAUGCUGAAGGAAGAUCAUAGUUUGAGUGACAAGUCACAAUGGAAGAAAGUCAAGUCCUCAUUUCACAAGGAUAGGCGAUACAAAGCUAUUGAGAGCUCGUCAAGAAGAGAAGAAUUGUUUAACGAGUAUAUUAAAUGUCUGAAUAGAGAUGAGAAGCAGGAGCUUAUUGCCGCCAGUCUCAGAGAGAGAGAAAGAGAAGUCCAGCUCAGUCGCUCUGCCCAAGAGAAGCAGUGGGACAUUGAGAGAGAGCAGCUCCGCCGAACAGAAGCACAGCAACACUUUUCGUCCCUUCUUGUUGACCUAAUUAAAGACCCUCUCUCAUCUUGGACCGAGAGCAAAAGACAGCUUAGGAAGGACCAGAGGUGGGAGCUGUCAGAGUUGAUAGACUUAGCCGAGAAGGAGAAGCUGUUCAGGGAGCACGUGUCACAACUUGCUAAGAAAAGACGACUUCAGUUUAGAAAGCUAUUAGAAGAAACUACUAAAAUCACUCUUACUAUGCCCUGGAAGAAAGCAAGGAAGUACAUCAAAGAAGACUAUAGAUACAAGAAUUACUCUGACAGUGAUCAUGAUCGUGAAGACGAGUAUGAGAGGUUCCUUCACGAUAAGAUGAAGCAAGCAAAAGAUGACUUCAGAUCCCUCCUCUCAGAAACAAAAAUGAUAACAUUCAAGAGUAAAGAAGUCAUCGAAUCUUCCGAUCGUCAUUUAAAGGACAUUAUUGAGACACUGAAAAAUGAUCAACGUUACUUGAUCCUUGACUGUAUUGAGGAAGAAAGGACCACUAUUUUAUACCAUUACAUUGACGAGUUACACAGCAGGGGGCCUCCUCCCCCUCCUACUGCCACUUUCCCCUCGGAGAGACUUAGGAAAUAGACCACACCCCCUAAUGGCAAUUAAUUAAUUAUUAAUUAACUUCUUAUUAAAAAUGAUUGUGUACUAUAAUAAUUAAUUACUGACAAUAAAAUAUCAUGUAAAUGGAGAAUAAAAGGAAAAUAAAUUAUUAUCAUUAUUAUUAAAAAAAGGAAAUCGUCUUUUGCAUCUUCA